GACCCGUCAGGAACGUAAUGCCCGGGGAGGGAGGGGAGUGAAGGAGGAAGAGAAGGAAGAAGGAAAGAAGACAGCGGCGUCAUGGCUGCGCUCAGAGUCUCGCGGGUAAUACAAAGUAUCGCAACAUGUGGGUGGAGAGCGCAGUCCAGUCAAGCUACUGCAGCAUAUAAAAUCAAAAGUGCAGCUGGCUUUAGUUUUGAACUUACUGAAGAACAGAAAGAAUUUCAAGCUACAGCUCGUAAAUUUGCUAGAGAGGAAAUUUUGCCUGUUGCUGCUCAUUAUGACAGAACUGGAGAGUAUCCUGUUCCUCUCAUUAAAAGGGCAUGGGAGCUUGGCUUAAUAAAUUCACACAUACCAGUGAGCUGUGGUGGCCUUGGCCUUGCUACUUUUGAUGCCUGCCUUAUUACUGAAGAAUUGGCUUAUGGAUGUACAGGGGUUCAAACUGCUAUCGAAGCAAAUUCACUGGGUCAAAUGCCAGUCAUCAUAGCAGGGAAUGAGCAGCAACAGAAGAAAUACCUAGGAAGAAUGACUGAAGAACCCAUAAUGUGUGCCUAUUGUGUAACAGAACCGGGAGCAGGCUCUGAUGUAGCAGGUUUAAAAACACGAGCAGAAAAGAAAGGCAAUGAAUAUAUAAUUAAUGGACAAAAAAUGUGGAUCACCAAUGGUGGCAAGGCCAACUGGUAUUUUUUAUUGGCUCGCUCUGAUCCAGAUCCCAAAGCUCCUGCAAGCAAAGCUUUUACUGGAUUUAUUAUAGAAGCUGACAGCCCUGGAAUACAAGUGGGAAGGAAGGAGCUUAAUAUGGGUCAGCGCUGCUCAGAUACAAGAGGAAUUGUUUUUGAGGAUGUAAGAGUACCCAAAGAAAAUGUUCUGAUCGGUGAAGGAGCUGGCUUUAAAAUAGCCAUGGGGGCAUUUGAUAAAACAAGACCUCCAGUUGCAGCUGGUGCUGUGGGUCUAGCACAGAGAGCUUUGGAUGAAGCUACAAGGUAUGCUAUGGAAAGAAAAACUUUUGGAAAGUUGAUUGCAGAGCACCAAGUAGUGUCCUUCAUGCUGGCUGAAAUGGCAAUGAAAGUGGAGCUUGCUCGCCUGGCUUACCAAAGGGCCGCAUGGGAGGUGGAUGUUGGUCGCAGAAAUACCUAUUAUGCAUCUAUAGCAAAAGGAUUUGCUGGGGACAUUGCAAACCAAGUUGCUUCUGAUGCCGUCCAGAUUUUUGGAGGAAAUGGAUUCAAUACUGAAUACCCAGUAGAGAAGCUAAUGAGAGAUGCCAAAAUAUACCAGAUAUAUGAAGGAACAGCUCAAAUUCAGAGGAUGAUUGUAGCUCGUGAACAUAUUGGCAAAUUUAAGGGCUGAGAGUACUUGAAAUCAAAAAGUGAAAAUUCUGGCAUGCAUUAACUCAACUCUGCAAAGGUCCUCAAAGGUUGUUGUAUUUCUUCAGCUUCAUAUCUGAUGUAUGAAAAGUUUUAGGAACUUGAUUUUGGAGAUUUCCUAAAUAUAGUAUGACUUAGUAGAAUUUUACACUUUCACCUAUCUUUAUGUUGACUCAUAUAGUUAUCCCUGUCCUCUGAAGUAGUCUUCCCUGCAACAUUUUGAAAAGCCUAGGUUGUGUGCAGGUUAGAUCCAGGCUGCCAGUUGCUUGAUUGAAAGGAUUCCCUAAAUAUAAAGAACCGACUGAAGGCUUAUCCAUUCCCUCUUCUGUAUCUCAUGCUGACUGUCCUGAGAAUCUCCCAGUCCUCUGGAGUUGAUAUUCAAGGAGAAGGAGUGAUUGAUAGAAGCCCACCAACUAAGCCUGGAUUCAGCCUAGUUUGAACUCUCUUUAUUGAAACUAUUCAAAGUAGCCUCAAGAGGGAUUGUAUUUUAUGUUUUGUUUAACAGCACACAAAGCAGUGUGAAAUCUAGUUUAAUGACAGACCUUGCUUCUUUGAGAUGAAUGUCUGUGCAAAUAUACGUGCUAGUAUACUUAUAGCAGUGUUUUACAUUUUUGUGUAUAUUAUAUUCUUUCCUGAAACAAGUUUUUCUUUUCAUUUUUAUAAACUGUGCAUAGCAGCAGUUUUUCAAAUGACUUUGCAUAUUGCAAUUGUAAAUUAAGAGCUGUACUGCCUUAAGUUCUUUAUUUGAGGAUUAUAUUUUAAUAAUGAUUUCAGUGCCUUUGGUUAAAGCAGCCUUACUGAAUGAAUGUUUCAUAAUAGUCAAAUAUGAUUAACGUAGCCACACAAUGCUGUAGUUUUGCUAGGAUCUACAGAGUCCUGGCAUUCUUUUGUAUAGUAUUCAAGCCAUGGUAUUCAAUUCAAAAUAAACUAAUCUUUAACAUGU